AAGAAACUUUUGGCCCAUUCUAUGUAUACGUACGAAACAAUGAUAUUACAUCAAAGUAACAUCAGAUGGUAAAAUAAAUCUGAUACGAAUAAACGAUAAAUCAUGUUUUCUCUUCUCCGUUUAACUUGAUAAUUGUUGUUUAUACAUGCGUAGGUAAUCGGCGAAGAAUUAAAUACGUGCUUUCCUCUUGGUUUCUUAAAUGCACAUGUACACGUAAAGUCAUAUCUAAAUCAAAGAUAUUCCAAUUAAUCAUCCGAACUUUUGAAGUUUGCGCACGGUGUGCGUGCGAUUUGCUAAAAUAAGAGACGAAUUCCCUGAAUAUAUGAAGCUGUCCUCAUCAGCUAAAACCAAUAUGUGCUGUUUAACUGGAAGAAAGAAAUGGAGCACAGGUGCUUGAGGAUCUUCUUGCUUCUCGCGGUGUUAGACACCACGGCGUUCAUCGCUGCCAGUGAAAAUCAAACUGAUCUAACGAGAAUAAUUAAAGAAGGAGCAAAUAACCCUUUAUUUGAAUUACGCCACCAUGAUCUAUCCAGCGUCUUGCAACCCUUGCAAUUGUUCGCAACGCCGGCAGAGAAGGAAGGGAACAAAGAAGAUGAAACGAUGAACGUUGCAAGUAAGUCGAGCUUGUUGUCAAAACGCGAGGCGGAAGACGUGAGUUGGAAGGUCUCGGAAACUGAAAGCGUGUCGGAGACGGAAGUUGAGACAACCUCGUCUGAGAACGAUUCCUGCGAGACAAUUGCUUUGAACUAUGGCCACAGACACAAGGUCGGAACUAUGGUUCACGAAUACUUCUGCGAAAUGAACAAGAUCGUUGGUUACGCCGUAUCGAUCGCGCAAGACUUGAAGCCCGGAUCUCCCUUGGUCGUCGCACUGAACGUCACCGAGGAUGUGUUCUCGUUCACCGAACUCGCGCUCGACGGUGAUCUCUCCCGGCUUGUAGAAACCGUUGUGAUACGUUUCGAGGAGUUUCUCAAACACCCUGAGAACUUGAAAAAGUUAAUGACCAUCGUGAAGAAGGACCUUCGCCUAGUGAUGCCCAUCGUGAGGAGCGUAAUUAAACUGACAAAGAGUAUCAAAAAGUUCGAGGAUCACGUCAGGCAUCUCUUCGCGUACUUUCAAGCUGACUUCAGGCAUAUGUUGAAAAAAUUCGAGAGCAACGUUGUUAUUUUUAGCAAGAAGGCGUUGAGUCUGUUUUACGGGUACGUGUUGAAUCCCGUGGAGGAGAUAGCGGGUUUGGUCUUCGAAGCGGUCACGUGGGUGGAGACGAUGGCCGACAAUUUGAUAAGUUACACUCGCCGGAAGUUGUAUCGGCAUUUAGCGUUCUUCGAGGAGGGUAUCGACAUAUUGCAGGCAUUUUUCAGCGGAUUCUCUGCCUCUGGAUUCUCGCAAACUUUCAUUGAAAUACUGCAGCUUCUUGGAAUGUCCGAGACUGUUACAACAUCCGAAGAGAGUUCAACAAACGUUACGAUGAGCGAAUCGUCUUCGCAAAGCAUCGCUUCAGGAUUGGUUCUGGAUGAGUAGAAUCGAUGCUCAUCAUUAUCUAAACCAGACCUUUAACCUGUUAGAAUAAUUUUCAUAGAUGACAUCGCAACUGAUUCGUGUAUACACUAUACACUCAAAAUCCAAUUGCUCUCUUACAACUGUUAAAACUUUUAGAAUGUAAUAAUUUAUUGUACUUAACAUAGUGUGUAAUAAUUAAACUGUACUAACAUUGUUUAUUCAUAUGCACGCAAUAUACGUAUACGCAAUAAAAA